AUGGAUGCAAUGAGAGCUGCUGCCCUCCUUGGAUUAGUGCUUCUCAGCUCCUUUCCUAAUCUUGUUCCUGGUCAGCAAUGGGCCUCCUGCAGUGAGUACCGGCUGUCAGGCAGCGGGAACCUUGCCUGUCCCAGGAUCUACCAGCCUGUGUGUGGCACUGAUAACGUCACCUAUCCCAACGAGUGCUCACUCUGUAGACGAAUCCUCUGGAGUGGGACGGUUGACAAGAAGCACGACGGGAGGUGUGUGAAGGUUGAUUGCACUGGCUACAUGAGAGCAACUGGUGGUCUGGGGACAGCCUGCAGCCAGCAAUACAACCCGCUCUAUGCCACCAAUGGGGUCACCUACAGCAACGAGUGCACCUUCUGCUCAGCAGUGGCGAAUGGAGAGGACAUAGAUCUGCUCACUGCUGGAAAACACCCUGAGAUUGACUGCAGCGAAUUCAAGAGCACCAAUCUCUAUUGCACUGAAGAGUACAUGCCCCUUUGCGGCUCUGACGGCAUAACAUAUGGGAACAAAUGCCACUUCUGCAUUGCAGUUUUGAGGAGUCAUGGAUCUCUGUCUCUCCAGCAUCAUGGAGAAUGCUGA